AAUAAAAGUGUUUUUAUUAAUAAUUUUUUUCCACCACAAUAAGAUUUAACAAAGGCUCACUAGAAAAGUGUCAAUUUCUGUGUUCUGUACAGCAGAUACAGUACAAAAUAAAACUGGCCGUGCAGUGGCACCACAGCCCAUUGAAUACCCCCACCCCCGUCCCCAAAAUGUUUUAUUCAAACACUUUUGCACAAUAUUUACAACUUAAAAAAAAAAUAAUCAACAAUAAAACUCAGCUGGCAAACAAUAUAGAAACCUGUCACUAAUGUCUGGCUGCGAAGACUUCUCGAGAGAAGCCAAAUGGCUAAUGAGUUAAUUGGCUAACACGCUAAAGCCGCUUUCACAUGAACAAAAAAAUGUUAUCAGAGUGCUACCAAGAGGUAAGUUGAAACAUUUUUUCGUUUUAUAGGAAAAAAUUGUCUCUUUAUUGUAUUUUUGCUUGUUUCUUACUUUUCGACGCCUAUAUGUGACUGCUGGAGUAGCUAGCUUUUAGCUACUUUUGUAAAGGAAUGCACUUUGGUAGAUUAAACCAAAUGCCCUGCAUGUUAGUCAUAUAAAUGACAACAGUAAUGCAAUCUGAGGUACAAACAUCAAAAACAACCACAUUAAUACAAACAGCUUGGUUGAGAACUUUGUUGAAGAGCUCAACGUGGCUGCAGAGCAAGAAAACCCUUUGCUAUUUGCUACUAGCAUUCAGUUAGCAGUAGGCUAGUGGUAGCUUCAAUAGGUAAAACCAACGUCAGUGCAGCAAACGGCUAGUGUUAGCUUCGCCCUGUCGUUGGUAGACGACAGUUGGCUGAUAUGUGUCUGUACAUUGUGCUGCCAUGACUAAAACUUCUCCCUCUGUUCCAACACACACAAACACGAAAUGCUAACAUCAAUGCAGGGCAGUUUAAAGCUACGAUGUGUGCUUGGGCUGUUGGUCUCUUCUGCUGGAUCUGUAAACAUUGCAGAGGCCCAUAGGUUUAGCAAGAUAACAUGAGCGUCAGUAAUGGUAUUAUGACAACUGUGCUCUUGGCCAGCGCUAUCGGUGUUUUAAUUUCAGUCAGAAGUCUUAAUUUAUAAUUCAUGUUCGUUCGUUUUUGUCUCAGAAGUUGGAGCUCGCUUUUGGGAAUGACUUCAGAUGCAAGUUGAGAACGUUCAACGGAAACGGCAGCCAUAGAAUACCGGAAGAUGGUCUCAGGAUCAAACUGGAUCAUGCCAGCAGUGAAGAGGACUGAGCCAAAACGUCUCCACAACAAUCAGAGGAACUGCAGAGGUGUGAUUUAGAAACAUCUGUGCUGCCAUCUAGCGGAUGAUCCGGUUACUGCUCUCUGCAAACGGGCACCCUCUGGAGCUGCGCGGUAAUGGCGGCGGGACGAGGCGAGUUUUUUCGGAGCUUUUUGGAGGGUUUGCAGCGGCAGCCUGCCCAACGGGUUCCGGAGACGGGACAACCGAACCGCGGCAGAGGUAGGCCGCGACCCGGGGGAAGGUUUCCCGGUCAGGGGAGAGGAUUUUCAGGCCAAAGGAGGAAGGAGCGACAGAGGAAAGUUGCAACUCGAAGCUCGGGUAGCGAGACUGAAGCUAGUUCCCGUACUGGACCGCCAAAAGAAGGUUCCCGUAGAAAAUCCUCUCCAUGCAAGCUAAACCUACUGGAAAGUCUUCCCUCGGAGGUCCUGGUGAAGAUUCUGUCCUACCUGGACCCGUCCUCGUUGUUCUGCCUCAGCCACGUGAGCAAACUCCUCCAUCAGCUCUCCAAUGACGACGUCUUGUGGCAGAGGAUUUACACGUCGGAGUUCGGCAGUCGGAACUGGAAGCUGAAGACGUCGGAGAAGUGCGUGGAGGGGGACGACUGUUUGACGAGCCGCUGGAAGAGGUUGUACUUUAAAUCGAUGGCUGGGCUGGAGUUGAACAAGUGGAGGAAACCCCUGAAAAGCAUCAACCCGUACACCGGCCUGCCCCAGCAGACGGAGUGGGCCCUCAGGAGCCUGAAUGUGAGCUGGGAGCUGACGCUGUGCAAGCGUUUGGGUCAGGAGCACACGCUGGAGCAGAGCCAGGCGCACUUCUUUGAGUCGUCUGUGAUUGUUCACUGGAGCGACGGAAUCCACAUGAAGUUUCAUCACAUCACCACUAUUCAGCUGCACGGAGUCAGGAAGGAGCCUCGGAGCAGCAUCCAAACCAGGAAACCCAACUGGCGCUCCCUGAUCUUAAAGCUGGACACAGGAGGUCCGUUUCUUGUCAUCGGCAAAGACAAACUGAUCAAGGUGUUGCUUCUGCAGCCGGGGGUCAUCGUUGGAGUCUGGAGGGGAAAGAACCAGGUGGCCUUCAUCAUGAUCAGCCUUCACUUCCACAAGCUGGUGGAGAAAAGUCUGCUGGGCUCUCCAGCCUGCCCGUACUCUGAGCCUGUGGAUCUUCCUCCUGUGGACGAUGUGGACCCCGAGUUGGGUCUCCAUGGUUACAGUUUGCACUUCGUCCUGCACAACACCGGCACUGAGAUCAUGUCGGGACGCUUCCAGCAGCUGUUUUGCCACAAAGCUCAGAUUCACCGUGGCCUGGUGGAGCUCAAGGUCAUCCAGAGGUCAAAUCUGUCUCAACACAGAUCGCUAUCUGGCAGCAUCAGACUUCCCUGGAGACAUGAGGACAUGCAAGGAGUAGUGGAGAACUGCUGCAUCAUGAGCCUGACUCUGCUGGAUGAGUUCCAGAAACCGUUCUGGUGCGUCAGCACGCCCAUCCACAUCACCAUGGCCAAGACGGCCAGGUCCUGCAACUACAGCGGCCGCGACUUCCAGAUGCUGUACAGGAACGCGGACGGUGAGGUGAAGAUGCUGCUGGUGUGGCUGGAGGAGCAGAAGCAGUUCUUCCUCAUCGGCCUCACCGUCUGCGUUCCUGUCGCUAAAGUCAACAAGCGGUUCAACAGGGAGUACUGAAGCUGGGCAUCAGGCCGUUUCACGCAGAGUUGUUGGUUCCCAUCUACAGGUUUGGUUUCUGUUUAUAAUUGUUUGUAUAGAUGGACUCGUUUAAAAGCUCGUUUCUGAAUUGAAUGUGAAUUUUUCCAAAGGUUUCAGAUUAAUUGGUUUUUAGUUUAGAGAAAAAACAUAUUUUUUUACUUUCCGAUGGCAAAGAGAUCCAACAUUAAGGUUCCUGUUGGAAAUGUGCCUGAUUGAUUUAUAUUAACUGUUAAAUAUUAAUUUAAAUAAACUAUUCAAUUCACCUAAAACACACUUGCUGAGACGCUUUUAUUACGGUUGUCAGAAAAUGCUGCAUUCAGGUUUCUGAAUAUUUUUCAUAAAAUCUGAAGAUGGAAACGGCUGGUUGCUGAAACUAAACACCACAAUAGUGUUUUUACAACACUGUGGCAGAAAAUGAAAGUCAGAUUUUUACCUGAGGAAACGCUGGUGUGAGUGAUUCUUCAGUCAUUCACUGACUGACUGAUUUCUGGGAUCGAUUAUUCGGUCGGUUUCUGCAUUAAUUCAUUCAGAAUCCAAACCUCGAGAAAGAGGUUUAUGUUCAGAAACAUCAGGAAAGCGAAGCAGUAAACUGUACUAAAUUAAUUAUUGUAUCUUUGAUUUGUGCAAUAAUGGUUUUACCAUCAGCAGUUACCCAGGAUGGCCUCUAGGUGUUGCCUGAAGCGUUAAUAAGCUGCUUUAGAGUCACUAGAACUACACACAGUUAGUUUAUUGCUGAUUUAUUUGAACUUUUGCAUGGAAAAAGGUGAAGUUCCUAAAGUAUUAAAAUCGCUCGUAUAUUAGCACUGAAGCAAAUCUUUGUUUCAUAAAAAUGGUUUUAUCAACAUAUAGACACUGGGUUUCGUCAAUUUGUCAUACUUCCAUGUAAACUUGGAAAUAAAACAUUCUAGACAGACGAAAAAACACAAAGUUCCUGAUUU